CAAAAAUAGAACAAAAAAAAUACGAAAGACGAAUUAGAAUCCAAGGAUAUGGCUCCGACAAGGAGGAAGAGGACCAAGCAGAGGGCUGGUUUUACCAGCAUCAAGAUCAACAAGGAGGAACAAAAACAAGUUGAGGCCUCGGAGCGUGAGAUUGCGGAUCUGAAUCUGGGCGACAAGAGCAAGACGCAUGGUAGCAAGGGGCAAGAAUCAGAGGGUUCUGGAGACCUUAAAGGUGAUGACUAUUUGGGCGAGGAUGUGUCAGGUAGCAAGGGGAAAGAAUCAAAGGAUCAUCUAAGAACUGCCCGUGAUGACUUUUUGGGCAUAGAUAUUCCAGUGUCAUGUAGAAGGAAAUUAGCGGGUUGUGCCUGUUGUGGCGAGUAUGAUCACCUUAAUGUAACCUGCCCAUUCCUAAAAUAUAUUCCUGAUGGCGCUAAAAUUGGCCGUUGCUUUGAGACAAUAUGUCGGGGUUGUCACCAUAUUGGAAAGGUGUGCUGUGUUAAGAGGGGGAAGUCUGUGGGAGGAUAUGCUAUGCUGAAGAGGUGUUGUCAUUGUUUAUGUAUUGGUCACUGGGAGUGGGAGGACUGUGAAGAUUGUCCUAGACCCAAGGACGUAGUCUAUGAGAAACUUGAAUACUUAGAUGGGGAUGGGAUUUCCUCAGAGUCUGAGGAUGAGGAUGCAUUUCGACCCCGUAAUAGGGCUCCAUGGGGACUAUAAUAUACCAAAGGCAACUCGCCAAAUCGAUCUUCAGGUCCCCUAAUUGUGUCAUUUGCUAGUGCCUUCCACAACUCUAAUGUAUUAGUUUUGUGCCAGGUUUAAGCAUGACGACAAUUGUUAUGUAAUAACUGCGACUCCCAAAUCCAUUUUCUGUUUUAUUGAUUCUGAGACUUUUAAUGUAUCAGUGGCCAUCAAUUUUUAUGCC